AUGAUACAGUGGGACACUGUAGGUCAAGAGGUGUACCGAAGUACGACAACUUCGUACUUCAGAAACCGCCACGUCAUUCUUUUUUGUUUUGAUUUGAGUGCUUCGGGAUCGUUGUCAUCUGUCGAAAGUUGGCUUAAUGAGGUGAAACAAACACAGCCAAAUUCAUCAGCACUGAAAGUCCUUGUUGGGUGUAAAAGUGAUAUGUCCUCAAAACACCCAACAGCUGAGAUUGAUGGCUUUUUAAAGAAAAACGAAAUCCAAAAUUAUUACAGUUGCUCGGCUCUCUCGGGCGACGGAAUCUCGGAAAUUUUUGUCGACUCGAUUAAGAAACUCAUCGAAAACAAGUUAUUGGUCGAUAUUAGCCCAAUUAAGGACCUAGGUGGGAUCCUCCGGGCUUCAUCGGCUGCUCAGAAACAACAGAUGGCUCAACAAAUCAAUCAACAACAGACACCUUCAGGCCAGCCUGUGGGCGUUUCCGCAGCACCACAACAGAUGCAACAACAAACCGAACAAACCGUCGACAUCUCGAAACAAAAAGAUGCAGACGACGAUGAGGCGGAAUCGUGUUGUUAA